AUGGGAGUGCUUAUUAUGUUUCAUUAUAUUGGGUUGAUAAGAACAACUUUUCUUAUGCAGAUGGAUGUCAGUCCUAGUGAACGUCGGUCAGUAACAGCUUCGAACAGAAGACUCCGUGAAUUAGAGAGACGUGGACGUGGACGUGCUCGAGUGCAUAAUGAUGACAUGCACAUUGCCAUGGAUGAUGAUCCUAUACAUGGUGCACCAGUUAUAGAUGAUAUUGCUAUGGAUGAUGACCCUACUGGUGAUGAUGCUGACAUUGUUGAUAAAGCUAUCCUUACUCAGCCAUUUCCGGGAGGUCCAACUGAUCCAUCAAUCCUUAAAAGUUUUAAAAGUCAUGUUGCCGCAGUUAUUUGGAAUGGUGCUGAUGAAAAGGGGCCCUUAAAGUGUCAUAAUCACUCAUCUAAGAUUCGUUCGUGGCCGUGGUGGGAACAAGGAAACAACGCUACAUUUGUAAACAUUGUGGAGAUGUCAGGACUUGCACAAUUAGCUCGUUGCACGUACCGCUUUGUCAAUAAAAUUGUAGUGUCUAAUUUUGUUGAGAGAUGGCAACUGGAGACAAACACCUUCCAUUUGAUUGUUGGAGAGAUGACUAUCACAUUGGACGAUGUCGCCACUAUCCUAGGGCUUCCCAUUGUAGGCAAAUCUAUUAGCGUGCGUAAGUUGUUAGAAAGGUGGGCUGUUACAUUAGUAGUUAAUACCUUGGAAAUUGAUGAGUAAAAAGUCAGAUAUGAGAUGUCUACUGCUGGAGGCAAUUCAGUGAGGCUUAAGUGGUUGAGGGCACACUUUCAUAAUAUCACAGACAAUGAUUCAAUGGAA